AUGAUCUCCAUCUCCAUCUCCAUCUCCAUUUCCCUCGCCAUCCUCCUCCUUCUCAAUCCUACAGCUUCAGAACAAGAUCAUGUCAAGCUCUCCCUCAUCAAUUUCCUUCAAAAACUCUCCGGCAACGACACCGGAAUUACCGAGAAGCUCUCUUGGAACACUUCCACAGACCCUUGCUCUGGCAACUGGACAGGCAUCUCAUGCAAUAAUAAGAACAAAUCCAUUAGAGGAAUCACUCUUGAAGGCUUGCUUCUCAAUGGCUCCAUUGAUGCUACCCUUGCAUGCACAGCUCCAACCUUAGCUGUCUUAAGUUUACGUGACAACCUUCUGCAUGGCCAACUCCCUUUAGAGAUCUCUUCUUGCUCACAACUUACUCAUCUCUUCCUUUCUGGCAACCGUCUUUCCGGCGAGCUUCCCCUGGAGAUCUCUGAGCUCAACAACUUGAAACGGCUUGAUAUAUCCAAUAACAACUUCUCCGGCGAUAUUCCCUCCGGCUUGACAACAAUCUCCGGGCUUGUAAGCUUUCUCGCUGAGGAUAACCAGUUCACUGGAUCCAUUCCGGUGUUUGAUUUCAAUAACUUUCAACAGUUUAAUAUAAGCAAUAAUCUAUUCUCCGGUCGAAUACCUCCCGACGCUGCUCAAUUUGGUAAUGAGAGCUUCUCUGGCAACUCGGGCUUGUGCGGACUGCCUCUAGCUGUGGCAUGUGCUCCGGCAGCUUCACCUGAUGUGCCAAAUAAGCCGAAUGAAAGCUCACCAUCUACUGAAAGAACUAUAAUGUAUCUUGGCUAUAUUCUUCUUGGUGCCACCAUUUUUCUCUUCUUCUUAUACAAGCUCAUCCAGAAAAGGAAGAAGAUGAAGAAAUCAGAGAUUAAUCUUGGUUCACAGAAUGAUGAUGUAUCGGUUCCGAUAUCAAAGAACAAUAGCAACUCAAACGAAAAUAAGUCGAAUGAGUACUCAACCUCAUCAACAGACAGCCCGGUGAUAUCAUCUUCUCUGGUUGUGCUGAAAAGUCCGGUGAAGAGGAGCAUGAAAUUUGAUGACUUGCUGAAGUGUCCGGCGGAGUUAUUGGGGAAGGGAAAGCAUGGGAACGUUUAUAAGGUGAUGGCUGUGGAUGGGAGUGUAUUGGUUGUGAGGAGGAUCAAAGAGUGGAUGAUAUCUUCAGAGGAGUUUCAUAAGAGGAUGGAGAUGAUAAAUAAAGCUAGGCAUAAGAAUGUGCUUCCUUUGGUGGCUUUCUAUUGCUCCAAACAAGAGAAGCUUGUGGUUUAUGAGUUUCAAUUGAAUGGAAGCCUUCUCAACCUCAUUCAUGGAAGUCAAUUUGGCCGGACAUUCGACUGGAGCAGCAGGCUGAACAUGGCGGCAGGCAUCGCCGAAGGCAUGUCCUUUGUGCACAGAGAGCUCCAAACUCAUGGCAUUGGCCAUGGCAACCUCAAAUCCUCCAACAUAAUAAUGAACAACACCAUGGAUCCAUGCAUCAGUGAGCUGGGUCUAAUGACAACAGAUCAAACCAAGCCUACAAUAUCCACAACAAACAAUAGCACAACCAUGAAUAAUAACGUCUUCAAGAAAGAUGUCUAUGAUCUUGGGAUCAUACUCCUUGAACUUCUCACAGGGAAGCUGGUUCAAAACAAUGGUGCAGAUUUGGCAAAGUGGGUGAACAGUGUGGUUAGAGAGGAGUGGACCGUGGAGGUAUUUGACAAGGCUCUUGUUGCUGAAGGUGCAAGUGAGGAGAGGAUGGUGCAUUUGCUUUCAGAUUGCACUCAAGUGUGUUAG